AUGGAUAAUCACACAACUGAGUUUCUUCUCUUGGAAUUCUCAAAGAUUUGGGAGCUACAGGUUAUCUAUGUAACUUUAUUACUGAUACUGUAUUUAAUGAUGGUAACAGGGAACCUUCUCAUCAUCAUUGCUGUUGUUUUUGAUCACCACCUGCACACUCCCAUGUACUUCUUCCUGAUGAACUUAGCCAUGCAGGACAUUGGCUCAGUUUCAGUUAUUAUCCCCAAAGCUGUUUUUAACUGCCUUAUGAAUACAAGGCAUAUUUCUUAUUCAGGGUGUGUUGCUCAAGUCCUCUUGUUUGUUUUCUUCCUAAGCUCUGAAGUUGCCCUCCUGACUGUCAUGGCCUAUGAUCGGUUUGUUGCCAUUUGCAGUCCUUUGCAAUAUGAAGUGAUAAUGAACAGGAAUGCUUGCUCCAUAAUGGUUGAAAGCAUGUGGAUUGCUAGUUUUCUUAAUGCUGCAUUACACACUAUUUUCACUUUUACUAUUCCUUUCUGCUCUAAUAUUAUCAAUCAGUUCUACUGUGAAAUCCCACAUUUACUUAACAUUGCCUGCUCUGAUUCAUACAUAACUGAACUUGGAGUUCAAAUGUUCAGUAUUACAUUAGGAUUUGGAUGUUUUCUCUUCAUUGUUGUUACCUAUGUGAAGAUCUUCUUAGCUGUUCUGAGAAUUCCUUCUGGUCAAGGGAGGAAGAAGUCCUUCUCCACUUGCCUACCUCACCUCAUUGUUUUCUCUGUAUAUUUCUUUACUGGUUGCUUUGCUUACGUAAGGCCCACUUCCAACAGCCCUUCAGACCUUGAUUUUGUAAUUACAAUAAUGUAUUCAAUAAUUCCACCCAUGCUUAAUCCAUUAAUCUACAGCAUGAGAAACAAAGAGCUUAAAGCUACUGUUUCAAAACUUCUGUGGUCAUUUCUUUUUUAG